GAUCCAUAAAACAAGGGGUAAUUGAAAUCGGCGGAUUUGCCUGUUAAACCUCUAUUUCCGUCGCUCUUAAAAAUGUCCCAAUUCUCAUUAGCUGGAAACACACUAUAAACCCUAGCUAAACCCUAAAAUCCUUAAAAACUCUUACCCUCCAUAAAUUUCUGCAAUUAACUCUUCAAAUCGUUCAAUAUUGCUAUUUAAAUUUGCGUCAUCUAGCUUUCGAACCCUAAAAUUGCUAGCAAUUUGGUGCAAUUAUUAAGCAAAGAGCGAAAGCAUUGUCGGAAGUAGAAGACGAAAAAAGUGAGGAGAGAGAGAAAAAAAUGGAGGUUGAUAGGGAAGAUGGGCGUACGCCAACUAUGUUGAGACCUUUGGCUUGUUCUAGAACUGUCCUUAAUCGUGCUCAUGGUUCUGCUAGUUGGUCCCAAGGGGAUACCAAAGUGUUAGCUGCAGUUUAUGGACCAAAGGCUGGGACUAAGAAGAAUGAAAAUCCAGAGAAGGCUUCAAUUGAAGUUAUUUGGAAGCCCAAAAUAGGACAAAUUGGUAAAUUGGAGAGGGAAUAUGAGAUGAUUCUGAAGAGAACAUUACAAAGUAUCUGUAUAUUGACUGUCAACCCAAAUACAACCACCUCAAUAAUUGUUCAGGUUGUCAAUGAUGAUGGUGCUCUUCUUCCUUGUGCAAUUAAUGCUGCUUGUGCUGCACUUGUUGAUGCUGGAAUCCCUCUGAAGCAUCUUGCUGUUGCAAUAUGCUGUUGUUUGGCUGAAACAGGAUGUAUUAUAUUGGAUCCUACAAAACUAGAAGAGCAGAAAAUGAAGGCAUUUGUGUAUUUGGUGUUCCCAAAUUCCGUGUUAUCAGUUGUACAAGAUUCAGGCCCUACAAAUGAUGAACCAAUGGAGCACGGAAUUAUCACAUCCGUUACCCAUGGAGCAAUGUCAGUUGAUGACUAUUUUAACUGUCUCAAGAGCGGACGAGCUGCAACAGCAAAACUCUCUAAUUUUCUAAGAAGCCGCUUGCAAAAUCGUCUUCCAAGCGACCUGCUUGGGGAUACAUGAUUUAUCUGGUGAGGUAAAUUGUACGAUUACUGUCGUUAUGAGAUAAAUUUUUCACAUAGUUACUUCUUCCUGUAUCUACUUCCAUCUGAUAUGAACAGCUGUACUUUGUAUUAUUUAUUUCUAGCUGAGUCUGCAUUACUUGUGAGUGUGACAUUGAAAGCAAUUUUACUUCUGGCUUUUUAAGCUCAAUAUUGUCAGUAUAUUUAGAGUUCUUCAUUAAGCUGUAGCUGCAAUAUUUAAAGAUAAUUACUGUCACUGUCUUUUAAUGAUCAAAAGCUAGACUGUCAAACAAAUUUAUGGGUUCUCAGAUGACAGUAAAUUCAUUUAAUGUAGAAAUCUAA